CUGUCAGUCAAGAAAUGGACUCGAUCCUAUGCAAAGAAAGGAUAAGCGAGAAUUGGGAAUCGAUUCACGUUUGCUUCCAAGACUAAGGGGUUAACGCUGGCGUGUUACAGAGCUAGAGAGAUCUGGAUUAGCCAGAGUGUUUUGGUAAUAUGACUUCGCUUCUUCCUUUUACGCCGCCCAUUGUUAAGAGAUUGCUGGGCUGGAAGCGAAGUACGGACGACGAUGAUAAAUGGGCCGAGAAAGCAGUGAAGAGUUUGGUAAAGAAAUUGAAGAAAACUGGAGGCCUUGAGGAGCUGGAAAGAGCGAUCACGAACCCGGGUAUUCCUACUAAAUGUGUGACAAUACCUCGCAGUUUAGACGGCCGUUUGCAAGUUUCGCAUCGCAAAGGUCUGCCUCAUGUGAUUUACUGUCGACUAUGGCGUUGGCCGGACUUGCAAAGCCAUCACGAAUUGCGACCUAUUGAGUCGUGUGAAUACGCUUUUAGCUUGAAGAAAGAUGAAGUUUGUGUGAAUCCUUUCCACUAUCAGCGAGUAGAAACACCAGUUCUUCCACCUGUUCUUGUUCCACGUCAAACAACUGAAGUUCCCAGGGAACGUCCAGCACUCCCAGAAUACACCAGACCAGAAAAUACUUCAUUUCCUACCCAAGAGCCCACUAACUCCCCAUUCCAGUUGCCUGAUACUCCAGGUUAUAUGUCAGAGGAUCAGUGCUCAGUGUCAGGAGAUCAACCACAGAGCAUGCAGACAGAUCCAGGUCCUCUAUCUCCAGAUCCAUCCCUUGCAGAUGCACAGCCUGUCCAGUACACUGAACCAGCAUACUGGUGCCAGAUUUCAUAUUAUGAGAUGAACACAAGAGUGGGAGAAAUUUUUCAUGCAGCUCGACCAAGUCUUACUGUUGAUGGCUUUACUGAUCCCUCUAGUUGUGACAGAUUCUGUUUGGGAUUGUUGUCUAAUAUUAACCGCAACCCUCAAAUAGAGAUGACACGUAAACACAUUGGGAAGGGAGUCCGCCUCUAUUACAUUGGUGGUGAAGUGUUUGCUGAGUGUUUAAGUGACAGUAGUAUAUUUGUACAGAGCCCCAACUGUAAUCAACGGUAUGGCUGGCACCCAGCCACUGUGUGUAAGAUUCCACCGGGAUGCAACCUAAAGAUCUUUAAUAAUCAAGAAUUUGCUCAGUUAUUGUCACAGUCUGUCAAUCAAGGUUUUGAGGCAGUGUAUGCAUUAACUCGUAUGUGUACCAUCAGAAUGUCGUUUGUAAAAGGCUGGGGUGCUGAGUAUCGCAGACAAACUGUAACAAGUACACCAUGUUGGAUUGAGCUUCACCUCAAUGGCCCCCUUCAAUGGCUUGAUAAAGUUCUUACACAGAUGGGUUCUCCUUCUGCUCACUGUUCAUCAAUGUCCUGAUGAGUUUCAUAGAAUGUGUUAUUUCAUGUGUGAAUGUUUAUUGAAUACUUAAAGAUGUAAGUUAGGCUUAAAGCUUAUUAAAUGCUCAAAACCUAUUACUGGGUUUUGUGUAUGCUGUACCGUAUGCAAAAAUGCUGUAUACUCACUUUUUAGUUGAAUCUUUAUCAAAAAGGCAAUAUGCUACUAACUAUAUUUUAUAUAAUUAUGAAAAUCAAUGAUUGCAUACAAAUGUGCCUUUGAUGUCCAAAUAGAGGGAGAAAUGUACAUAAAACAGCCAUACUCAGUUGCAAGUUGCCAGACAGUGUUCUUUUAUAUUUUCUUUUUAGUUCCAUUGGAAAUCUUGACAAUUAUAAUUGCAGAUUGUUUGGGAUAUCUAUAGGAACAUGGUACUCUAUACCAGGACCAAACCAAGUGUCCAUUCGCAACUUAUUUGAAAGGCUAGCAACUGAUAAAAAAGACAAGUGUACAUUAUUUAGGUCAGAACAAGAAUGGAAAUUAUAUGUGUAGGGCUAUAUUGGGGUUAGUAUGUUAAGAGGCUGCUUUCAGGAAAUUGCAAUUAUGCGAGCAACACAUUGAAAAUGAAUUACAUUCAACCAAAAAAUUGAACAUUUGAUGAAACACUGGUUGAGAUCACAUCAUCAAACUACACCCCAUGUGGUUGCAACUUCUCAGAGUGUUCAAGGAGAAACAAGAAUUUUAGUUCAUCUAUUGGUUGUAUCUAAUAUUUAAAAGUCCUUUCAUUUUUCACAGAGGAAAAUUAUGUAGGAAUUUGCAACCAUGCGUAGAGAGGGAGAAAUUGUGAAAGUAAACCUCAAGAGGUGACAAACUUAAAGUUUUUGGGGAAGACCAUCAGACCUGUAGAUGUCUUUUGAACUGACAUUGGAAAUAGGUGCAUCUUUUGCAGUUGUUAUGAGUCACAUAAAAUUUACUUAUGUUUUGUGCUACAUAGGUUUUCUGGAAUUAAUAUUUGUCAUGUUAGUGUUGUGAAUGUCUAUGGAAUUCAAUCCUUUUAACUGCAAACCAAAAAUAAAUAUGAAUAAGUAACUAGUAACUUAUAAAAUUUAACAGCAAAUUUUGAAGUAAUAUGGUACAGUUUUCUAUCGAUGUAUUUGUGGAAUUGUGAAAUUAGCUGAUCAACUGCACACAUCAGGGAAGAGUUUUGCCUAGCUAGGGGGAAAUGGUAAAUGUAUGUGUUGAUUGUAGUGUACAUACAGCUGUGUCACUAGUUUUGUGCAAAGUAUUUCAAAUUAAGUUACACAUUAAUGCUCAUUUUGAUUUAGUGAAUUUUCCUUUUGUACUUGUGAUUUUAGUGAUGGAUAAGCAGUAUUGUGUGUGCAACCAGUUAAAACUGGUCUUAGUAUGUUAUAGUUUGGUGGAAAAUGGCAAAGUCUGGGUGAGGCUGAUAAAGUUUCCAACCCUGGAGUUUGCAUUAUUGAUUGUAGAAUAGCAUGCAGACUGUUAUGCCACAGCCCAUCAUAUUCUGGUAAUUCUGGAAGUAGUGUCAUUCCUUUUAUUUUAAGUGCGAAAGGAAAUACUCAUAACAGUCUAAAAUGAUAUUAAAACUAAGAUUUUAGCCUUCAUUUUUGGCAUAUACUCGGAUUGCAACUGGCAUGUACAAAGUUAAGGGGAGACUUUGCACAUCAAAGGCAUCUAACAACGAGCAUUGCAAAAAUAUUACAGGAUAAUAGGAUGUGCAGGAUUACAAACCUUGUUUUAGGAGGGAAGUUUUUGUGAAACUGAUUUGUCAAAACAUGGACUCUGUAUGCAUGCACAUUGCCCUCUUUCUCCUUUCCAUGAAUUUCUCAAAAAAUUCUAAUCACUUUUUGUUUGUUUGUUUGUUUGUUUAUUAUGUUGUUGUGAAAAUGGUAACUGCAUUUCCUAUUAGGCUUAUCUUGUAGAAUAACAUUGUAGCAUCAGUCUUUAAAAAGCAAUUUUGUAUAAGUAUUUGAGGGUUAUGAGAAAGGUGACGUUUUAACUAUAAUUAGAAUUUUUAGAUGGUUAUUUUAGAUUGUAAAUAGUAAUUAGAAAUAUGAUGGCACCUACUGAGGCAACUAUACCAUUUUAAUAGAGCCUAAUUGCAUUGCGCAGCAAUUUAUGUUUACUUCUAGCGCAUAUUUCAAUUUUUACUUUUACAGCUCUAAAGCUUCGAUUUCUUACCUGUAUAGUGCAUAAGCAAGCUGGUAAAUAUAAAGAAUGGUCCUAUUUUAAUUUUGCAAA